AUGGAUAACCUCGCAGUGGAUCCCGAACAUGACGAGGUGGAUCCAGAAGAUGAUGAUGACGUUCACGAUCCAGAAGAUGAUGAUGACGUUCACGUAAUCGUGUUUCCGCCGGAGCUUCUGCAGGAGAUAGAGGAGCAAAACCGGCGAUGCCUCAUGGUGAUGCUGCUUAAUCCCAAAGUCCAGAAAAUGGUUCCGAUGACUUCCGCGCUCCUCAAGGCUUGGCGAUUAACCGGAUCGGUGGAAUGCAGGGUCGUAGUCGAUGACUCCAAGGCACUGUUCCAAUUCGAAUCGGAAUCGGAUCUUCUCUGGGUGCUUGAUCAGGAGCCGUGGUCGUUCAACGACUGGAUGCUUGUGGUCGACAGGUUCGACCGACGGGACGAGCCUGAUUACCUGCGGUUCAUGAAUUUCUGGGUUGAGAUAGUCGGAAUCCCUUGGAAUUACAGAAACGACGCGGUGAUCAAGAGGAUUGGUUCUGUUGUAGGUGAGGUGUUGGAGAUCCACGAGCAAGGACCUGGUGUGAGAGCGAGGAUUCGAGUCGAUGUAAACGAGGGCCUGGAAUUUGAGAGGCGUGUUUUGUUUGAAAGAAGCGAUGAAGAUGUGGAGGUUAGGUUUGUGUAUGAGAAGUUGAAGAUGUUUUGUCAAACUUGUGGGAGCCUUGCUCACCACAAAGCUCGAUGCCCAGACGAAUGA